AUGAGCAUCCCUGGGAGGAAGUGGAAGUACAUCGACGAUGACGGGCUUGUGGCGGGCACGAUGUUGAGCUUGUCGUCGUUUCCGUUGGCCGAUGCAGCCGCUUUCGGAGUUUCAAUAAAUAUCUCGAAUCCCUUAAAGCUUCGACGCUUGAAGCGCUUUGCAGUGAAAGCGCAAGUCGAUGGAUUUGUAAAGACAGGGAAACCCGGUGUUCUAGUCUUUGACGGACCUAAGGAAUCUAUAAAAGCAUUUCUGGAACUUACAAAAGGCUUGCGGUAUCUUGAUUUUCGCCAUGUAGAUACCAAGCCUAUAAAGAAUGAGCGCUUAUUACCCAAUGGCGAUGGAAGCUCUGGUUUGCAAGAAGUAGCGGACAUGAACGAAUUGGUAAACCGGUUGGAUCGUAUAGGAGAGAAAGAAUGGUUCAGGGAACAGAUGGGAAUGAGCAAAGGCACGUACUUGUUGGUUGAAUAA